AUGGCGACACUUCUCCGUGGCCCGAACAUCGAUAAUUACGACAUCAUUGCUAUUCAGGAACCGUGGAGGAACCCCUACAGCGCAACGACGCACCAUCCGGCCAAGGACCGGUUCCACCUGUGCUACCCUUCCAGCGAGGAAAAUGGCCCAGCCAGGGUCUGCUUCUUCAUCAACAAGAAGCUUGACCACUCUCGUUGGCAGUUUAGGGAGGUCAGCAGAGACCUCUGCACUCUGGUUAUCGCAACAGAUGACGAUGCCGAAACAAGCCUAGUGCUACAUAAUGUGUACAACCCGUCACCGCGGGAGGAAGAUCGACAACCGGUCCUACAACAGCUACGAACAACACUGGAAACACAUCGGCACGUCGAGCAAAUCGUCGUCGGUGACUUCAACCUACACCAUGAGCUGUGGGGAGGCAGCGAUAUCCGAGCGCCGGACCGCGAAGCAACCGAGCUCCUAGAUCUAAUGGGCGACAUGAACCUCACGAGUCAACUGAGAGCGGGAACUAUAACGUACGAAGAAGGAGAUCACCGGACAACUAUCGACCUCUAUCUCGUAACCGUAGGUCUCGUUAACCGAAUGAUCAGAUGCGAAGUAGAUCAUAACAUCGACCAUGACUCCGAUCAUCUACCCAUAGCGACGUCCCUGCACCUAGCAGUGACGGAGCUACGGCGAGAGGAGAAACGGAAGUGGAAAGCUGUUGAUAAGGAAAUGUUUACCGAGACGCUCCGUGGAUCGUUGCCGCAGCUACGAAGGCCAAGAACGAAGGCAGCGCUCGACGGAUAUGUAGGGACAAUCAUAGACGCCCUCUCAGCCGCUAUCAAAGCCGCGGUCCCGACCAGCACCCUUUCACCAAAGUCUAGGAGAGGCUGGGACGAGCAGUGCGCAGCCAUCCUGGCCGAGACGAAACGACUUCGCCGCAACUACAGCGAGCGACAGACAGAGGAGAGCUGGGAGGCGUACAGAGGGGCACGCAACAGGAAGGGCCGCAUCAUAAAGAAAGCUCUCCAACAGGCACAUCGAGAAGCGGUAGAAACAGCGGCCGAGUCACCUAGAUCGCUAUGGAAGAUCGCCAAAUGGGCCCGGAACAGACAGAGCCAACCGCCAACCGUUACGCCGGAAAUCAAGAAACCCAACACGUCCCAGGUCGCCACAACGCCUGAGGAGAAAGCAGCACUCUUCAAGGAGACUUUCUUUCCCCCGCCGCCAGAGGCAAACCUCGAAGACAUCGACGACACAUCGUACAGCAACCAGAUUGGCCUGCCGCCAGUAUCGGAAAGCGAAGUAGAAGACGCCAUCCAGGAAGCAGCACCGCUGAAGGCCCCGGGCCCCGACGGCAUCACUAACCUGGCACUCCAAAAGCUCCAAGAAGCGCUCCGGAAAGCCGAGACAUGGGCCUCCACUCACGCGUCCGUCUUCGCGCCCGAAAAGUUCCAGCUUACCCACUUCACACGAGCAAAAACCAGAAUCAACAGAGACAAAACACUCCACAGCCCGUGGGGAGAAAUCGAGCCAAAGACAACCUGUAAACACCUCGGCCUCAUCAUGGACUCGGCCCUCAAGUGGAAACAACACAUCGACGAGACAGAACGUAAGGUCACGAACACCAUCAUAGCACUCAGCAGUCUAGGCAGCUCCACGUGGGGCGUGAUGACGAGAGAGAUGAGGACGAUUUAUAGGGGAGUCGCAAUACCACAGAUGAUGUACGCAUGCUCGCUGUGGUCCAACAGCGGUUGGGGGGAGAUGGGCUACACGAAAAGGACAUUAAACAGACUGCAGAGGCUCCAAGCCAGAGCGGCCAGGGCAAUGUGCGGAGCAUACAGAGCAACCUCGCUCCCAGCACUAGAUGUGGAAAUGCAUCUUCUGCCAGUCGAACAACAGGUUUGGAAACACAACAUCGACACCAUCAACAGAGUAGGCAUGGCCGAAGCCCUCCCGCGGGGAGGGAAGAGAAUGAGUCCGAGACAGAAAGUAACGAAACGACUGAACGAUGGACAAGGGCCAAUCAGCGAACAACACGAGCACAUACCUCCCUUCAUCACUCCCCCGUGGUGGCAAGGACCGCGUAUCCACAUCGCCGGAAGCACGAAGCAGGCCGAAAAAGAACACGAACGUUGUCUGGAAAAGAACACCGACGCAGCCCACAUCUAUACAGACGGCAGCGGCAUCGACGGUCAGAUCGGAGCGGCAGCAGUCUGCACAACCACACAGCAAACCAGGAAAUCUCACAUGGGGGACGACACGACAUCGACAGUCUACGCGGGAGAGCUGCAGGGCAUCGUUCUGGCCCUCGAGAUGGCGCAGGCAGACAAGGAAAGCGGAAACUCCCGAAGCAAAAUCUUCAUACACACCGACAAUCAGGCCGCCAUCAGAUCGUCAGCCAAACCAAAGGGGAAAUCCGGCGCGUACCUCCUCAAGAUCAUCGCAGAAAAGACACAAGCCCUCCGAGAACAGGGACUCGAAGUCGAGCUCCGAUGGGUACCUGCCCACAUCGGCAUCCAGGGCAACGAAGCAGCAGACAUCGCAGCCAAGGAGGCGACGGGAUGGAGGCCAGACGGACAGACAGGUCCCAGGGCAGACAAGCCGAGAGCCCUGUUCAAACUCAGGUCGACAGUCAAGACAUGGUCGCAUAAACAGUCCCACCACGCGUGGCGAACCAAUUGGGAAACCGAGACGCGAGGGAGAACAUCGUUCCGUCUCACGCCGAAGCCGACGAAGAAAGUCCUCGAACUCCACGAAGGCUUCAGUAAACGCCAAAGCGCACUCCUAGUCCAGAUGCGCACAGAAAAGAUCGGGCUCCGGGACUUCCUCUUCAACCGAAGAGUACCAGGCAUAACCAGCGCUAAUUGCUCAUGCUGGGAAGGACGACAAACGGUAUCGCACAUCCUGCUGCGAUGCCGCAGGUUUCGACAACUCCGGCGCCAGGAACUCGGAACCCUCCCAGGACGACACAAUCUCCGGGUCAUACUGAACAAGCGCAAAGCAGCCGCCAAGGCAAUCCGAUUCAUAGAACAGACCGAGAUCCUUGGGCAACACGGGGUCGAGUCACACACCAGACUAAGCUGA